UUGUGUCACUAUACUGUUAUAAGGGAAAGCUUGGACAUGAUUCUACUAGUGCUCCGUGUUUUUCUGAUUUUUACUUUUCUGGAUAUAGCGUUAGGCAAAACAUGUGAAGAAAGACUUGAAAUUCUUGAGAAUCAAUUUGAUAGCCUUAAAUUACGACUUGACGACCAGGCUGUCGCUGACAACGGUUUAGGAAACAGUGGACAGGAUGAGGUAAAUAUCAAGCUCGAGAAAGAAAAUCAAGAUCUGGAAAGAAGAGUAGUGAGCCUUGAGGAAGCUCUAACUGACUCCAAUAGACAAAUGUACCUCCUUAAAGCUAGAGUCUCAGAAUUAGAACGUAAAAACCAGGAACAAGAAACCAGACUAACAGCUGUGGAAGGGAAUAGUCGAGUGUCCGAAAUGAAAAGUUCAAAUUGGGAGACAUUUCUUGACGGAAAAGCAGAAAAACUCACGAAAAAGAUUGAAAUUGUUGAUGAAAAGCACACUCCAUCAGACAAUUUUAAAAGUUCUCCAUUAAAUGACAAUACUUUGACACAAACAAAAGGAAGGAUUCUGACGUCCCUAAUCAAACACCAGGUGCCAGUUCAGGAAUAUUCACAAAUGGACGAUGCACCAAAUGUAGCGGUGGAAAAACGCCUCUUGUCCGGACUUCAAGCUACACAGACUCCUUUUCCCGGUGGUGUUGCGUUUUCAGCAUACGUAUCUACUCAUGAAACUGAUUUAUCAAAAGACCACACCAUUAAAUUUGACAGCAUUGUGACAAACAUCGGCAAUCAUUACAAUUCCCACACUGGAACGUUCACUGCUCCACAACAUGGCGUCUACGUCUUUACCUGGAAUCUUUAUUGUAACACAGGGGGUUAUAUCUUUUCCCAAGUUGUCGUCAAUUCUAAUGCUGUGGGCACAAUGCUUACAACAGCAGAGGGUGCGACAGAUAUAAGAACUACGACAGGAAACGUGGUGGUGGAGGUGAACCAAGGUGACGUGGUUUUUGUUCGCACGCAUCCAACUCAAGCUCACAGUGGUAAUCUCCGCAGUUAUCCAGACUGGCGAUCGUCUUUCAAUGGAUGGAAACUAUUCUAAUAUCAUUAAAUCAUUCAAAAUGUAAA